AUGGCAGAAGAAAUGCUUGACAAAAAUGUGUCCCUGAUGCAUAAAGCAGAACAAUCCCGUUCGCCUGGGCUGCUAAUGAUAAAAACUGAUUAUGUUCAGGAAAAUCAAGACUUAAAUGGAUUUAAGCUGGAGAAAAAAAGAUGCAUAAGGUCUGGUGGUGAUGGCGACACGCCUCGCAAAGGAAACACUCCUCAAACAUUCCAGCAGAAUAAUGCUGCAGAAAGAAAGAGAACCGUAUUUACCGCUGCUCAAAAACAAGAACUAGAACAAGUAUUCCUCAAUUACCGCUAUCCAUCGCGAGGGUUGUGCGAACAUUUGGCCGAAAAGUUCAAUAAAUCUUAUUCUUCAAUCAAGGUUUGGUUUAAAAAUCACAGAGCGCGAAGAACAAGAGCUAAAGCAGGCCCCAAAACACCAAACCCAACCUAUAGCGUUUAUCCUUGGUUUUCCUUCUGUUCCACUCGUUACCAAUCGCAUGGUCAAAGUAUUCCGUGGUGCUACAAUCGCAGACGAGGCUUUAUCCCGGAGUUUCUUGGAACACAACACGAGCAACCUAGUGGGUUCAACCCUCUUGAAAGCUAUCCACGCUUAUCGAUAAACGGCGACAGACGUCUGAUUGCGAUGAGGGGAAUGGAUAACGAACAGCGUAGCUCUGCCUUCUCUUUGUACACAAGAAAAGUUUAA